AUGAUUCUUAGGUCAUUAUUGGUGGAUAAACAUCGUCCUAAGUCAUUAGAUGAUUUAGAUUAUCAUCCUCAACUUACAAAUCGAAUUAGAUCAUUAGCUCAAACUGCCGAUUUUCCUCAUUGUUUGUUUUAUGGUCCAAGUGGUGCUGGAAAAAAAACUAGAAUCGCUGCUACUUUACGCGAACUAUUUGGUCCAGGAGCUGCUAAAUUAAGGAUAGAACAAAGAGUGUUUAUGACCCCUUCAAGAAGAAGACUAGAAGUACAAAUCAUUGAAUCAAAUUAUCAUUUAGAACUUACACCUGCCGAUUUAGCUCAAUGGGAUAGAAGUGUGAUUCAAGACAUUUUAAAAGAAGUUGGAGGUACUACUCAAUUAGACUCAACAGCUUCAAGAAAAUUCAAAGUAGUAGUGAUUCAUUGUGCAGAUCAGUUGACGCUUGAUGCUCAAGCUGCUUUACGUCGUACGAUGGAGCGUCACACUAGUUCUCUAAGAUUGAUUCUUUGUGCUAAUUCUACUUCUAAGAUCAUUGGACCGAUCAGAAGUAGAUGUCUUUUACUUAGAGUUGGAGCACCUCAUCCUGAUCAAAUUGUCAAAGUUUUACAGUCGGUGGCAAGCAAAGAAGAUUUCAUACGUCAAUUCCCAGAAGAAACUGCAAUGUCGAUUGCUCUUAGUGCAGAAGGGAACCUCCGGAAAGCAAUCUUGACCUUGGAAGCUAUUCGUGCACAAGAUGAUACCUUUAGUAAACCAAGACCAAAUGUAGAAUCAAUACCAAAGGUAGAUUGGCAAUUAUAUAUAGAAAAGCUAGCCAAUUUAAUUAGAACUGAACAAUCACCUGAAAAAUUAUUAGAAGCGCGAUCCAUGAUUUAUGAAUUAUUAGUACAUUUGAUACCUCCUUCGAUCUUAAUUAUGAAUUUAACUAAAGCUUUAUUGGUUAAGAUUGAUGAUGUGUUAAGACCUGAUAUCAUUCAUUUCGCUGCUUUUUAUGAACAUCGUUUGAGGUUGGGUACGAAGCCUAUCUUUCAUAUUGAAGCUUUUGUGGCUAAGGUGAUGUCUGUGUUGAAAAAUUAUAGUAUCGGUCUUCAUGAGUUUUUGUAA